GAGGCCCAGUCAGUGCUUGGGUUGUGCUGUAGAGGAAGACCAAGGAUAACUGGAAUAGCUGGGCAUCUAAUGAUCAGGAAGGCAAUUAGUUGGGAAUGAAGCCAACUAAUUUGCAAAAGAAGAGGGAUGGAUUUCUGUAACAAUCUCGUUAUCGGGAACCUUACUUGGCGACAGGUAAACUCACAAUGCACAGAGUAUCCCUGCGGAUUCCGGUGUUCACCGACGCCCUUUUGGGGGCUGGGCUUUCUGCUGUGGAAAACACAAGGAAGAGUGCGUGCCAACAACAAGUCCGUUAACGAGGUACUGGCAAGGAUAAAGAGGAGACGUAGUCGAGAAUCAGGCAAGAGGUUCAAGACGGGCGGCAAUAAUCGGAGUAAAAAAACAGGAAUUCAUAUCACAAACAAAUGCUUCGGCGCAAAACUGGAACCAGCUUGCGCACUUUCAAAAUGGAGGACUGGCUGAGGAAAAGACGCCAGCGUCAACCAGUCCCGGUGCACAAACCGGUAAGUGCGUGCCUGCACACAAGACGUGAAGAGGCGCACCUGGAGGUAACAGACCGGAAAGAUCUCCUGGCGUGUCUCACAAUUUCCUAGGGAAGAAAAUUCAGAUUUUCCUCUUCUUUACACUUAAUAAUCUGGCCCUGAUUGGGGGACAUUAUUCUCAGUCAUAUGGUUUAUAUCCCCAUGUACUUUUUCUUGUGCAACUUGUCUUCUCUAGACAUUACCUACGCCUCCAUCCCCUCUCCAAAACUCAUUCACCUCUUUAUAACAAACAACGGAAGAAUUUUCUUCAAGGAAUGCAUCGCCGUACUUCUUCAUUGCUUUUGGGAGAACUAUUUACAGUUACUGUAUGUCCAAUCAUCACUAUGUGGGCAUUUAUAGAAGUUAACUUAUCUAGGAGUGAAAAUGAUUUGCCCAGAUGAGACUCCCCUCUCAGACCUAGGCUUUAUCAGGCAAGUCUUGAAGAGAUGACCUCUCUGGCCACAAUGCCAAACCAUCUAUUCUUCUGUGGGUUCAGGAGUCAAGCUAGUAGUGCUGAGCUGCAUAGGUUCCUCAGCUUGAGUUACUUGCAAGUUCCAGGGAGCAUAUGCACAAGUGAGCCCUGGAUUUACCAUCUGUACGUGGUAUUUUCUUUAUUUCUUUUGAACGUUGAACCUACAGGAGCUUCCAAUUGCUGAAGCUGAAUUGCAUGCAAAUGGCCAUAUAAACUUAUUUGCCCUUAGUGAUGCAACAUUCACCUAGUUUAUCAAAAUUCUUUUUUGUACACUUAUGCUGGAUGUUCAUUAAGAAUGUUGUAUUGUGGGUAAAAAAAAACAUACCAUGCUGGUGCAACAUUUCACAACUGAGCCCUAAUAUAUUUUUUUUUAUAAAUAAACCCUAUCCUAUAUUGUUUUUGUGCUAAAAAUAAAUCCCAGGUCAGCAAAAGCAAUUUUGUCAGCACCAAAUGCAUUCAGCAAAUGCAAAAAUGAUUUUAAAAGAAAGUAUUAUUGUUUGCAAAAUGAUUAAUACACAUACUAAGAUAAUUAUUCCUAUUGUUAAUUAUUAACGGCAAUACAUCAUUUUAUGACAAUGACAUGGUUUUUGUGUUCAUUUUGUGUUCAUUUUUUUUUCUUGCAGAGAAUUCAUUUUUGGACAAUGAAAUGAUUUCGGUGUUAACAGAAUUCACUUUGAGUGGACAAAAUGAUUUUGUGACUGUGUUUGUCAACAAAAUUCGAAUGUGUGAAUUUUAAAAAAUACAUUUUUUGUUCCAAAAUAAUAAACUAUAUUUAACUGGUGUUAACAUAUACCUAUAACAAGAUAAUAUUCCAGACUCAUUCAGUUACUUGUUGACAAUAUUCUUAUUUUUAGCUUUUUAACACAGACACUUGGACUUUGCAUCCUGUAAAUGUAAAUCUAAAAUUCAUACACUGAGGAACACCUUGCGUUACUCCUCCUCUCUGCACCCACCCAGCGCAUCAUAUCUAUGUAUAUAAGAGCUAGAGGAGUAUGUGGGAGACACACACAAGGAAUAAGGGUGAGAAUUAAAGGGGAGAGAUCUGACCUGUUCCUCAUGGGGACCCUGCAAUGGACUUUGGCUCUGCUCAUACUCAUGUGUGGGGUGAUAUCAGGUUCUACUGAAAGCAGCACAUACUCUGCAACCACUACAGACGCUACUACAGACCCCACUACCCACACCACAACUUCUGACACCAUGUCCUGCACUACUACCUGCACCACUAUUGAUACCACUACAGAUACAACUACCGGAAUCACUACCUGCAUCACUACAGGCUUCAUUACUGACACCACUACUAACACUAUCACUGGCACUAUCGGUAUCACCACCGGCACAACUACCGGUACCACUACCUGCACCACUAGCGACACCACUACUGACACAACCAGUGGCACCACUACCGACACAACCAGUGCCACCACUACCGACCCAACCAGUGCCACCACUACCGACACAACCAGUGGCACCACUACUGACACAACCAGUGGCACCACUACCGACCCAACCAGUGCCACCACUACCGACACAACCAGUGGCACUACUACCGACACAACCAGUGGCACCACUACCGACACAACCAGUGGCACCACUACCGACACAACCAGUGGCACCACUACCGACACAACCAGUGGCACCACUACCGACACAACCAGUGGCACCACUACCGACACAACCAGUGGCACCACUACUGACACAACCAGUGGCACCACUACCGACACAACCAGUGGCACCACUACCGACACAACCAGUGGCACCACUACCGACACAACCAGUGGCACCACUACUGACACAACCAGUGGCACCACUACUGACACAACCAGUGGCACCACUACCGACACAACCAGUGGCACCACUACAUACACCACUACUUCCAUCACCACUAUAAGCUCUACUUCUGACACCACCACUGGCACAACUGCUGGUAACAUUUUUGACAGCACUACCUGCACCGCAACAGGAACUUCUAUGGGCACCACUACUAGUACGAGUGCCGAUACCACUACAGACACUUCUACCAGCAUCACUACCUGCACCACUACAUGCACCACUACUGACACCACACCCAGCACCCCUACAGACACCACUAGCAGCACCACUACAGAUACCACUAGCAGCACCACUACAGACACCACUAGCAGCACCACUACAGAUACCACUACCGACACCACUACUAACACCAUUACUGGCACCUCUACUAACACCACUACAGUCACCACUGCUGACACUACCAACACCACUUCUAAUACCACUACCAACACCACUACUGGCACCACUACGGAUACCACUACCGACACCUCUACUGAUAUCACUACUGCCACCACAACAACUGGAAUCCCAGCUGAAACAACAACUGGAUCCUGUAUAAACGGAUAUCAGAUUGGCACAGUGUGUGUGUGUAAGGAGAAUUUCCAUGGCAGCCAAUGUGAGCUCUUCUCAAAUGAAAUAAGACCAGGGGGUCCAUACACAGCUAAAGUUAAAGUCACAGUUGUGGUGGUGAACGUCACGUACACAUCAGGAUUAAAUGACAAGAAGUCCCCUGAAUACCUAAAGUUUGAAGCCACAUUUAAGCGAGAGAUGGCGAAGCUGUAUAAAGAAACGAAAGGCUACGCAGGUCUCAAGAUCCUCUCACUCACGCCAGGAAGCAUAGUGGUGGAUCAUGACGUGCUGAUACUUGUCGAUUUAAUCAAUGGAACUGAGCAAUACAGGAAGGCGGUCAGAUCCCUUAAAGACACUUUAAAUGGGGCGAACUCCACCUCUGAUGCUCCAGAUUUCUUGCUCUUCAAUAUGAGCAGAACACAGGUCCAAGACAGAGCACUGGAUGUUGGAGAUCUUUGCUCAGAGGUUGAGUUGAUCCCGGAAGAUAUGCGCCAAUAUUUCUAUGGUGUAACUGUAAACAAAUCCAGUCUCCUCUGUGUCAGCAACUGCAGCUCUCUCAAUCCAGUGUUUGUCGAUUGUAAUGUGGGCCAGUGCUCAAUCAGUAACGCAGGACCUCGCUGCUACUGCCAGACGUCGGACCAGUACUGGUACACAGGGGACAGAUGUGAGAACUCUGUUAGUAAAGCAGGCGUUAUCGCUGGAGUUACAGUCGGACUCGUUGUUUUGCUCCUUAUAUUUAUCAUUGUCGUGAUCAUCCUUAUUCGACGACGGAAGAAAACGGGAAAAGAAUUAUUAGUUGACAAUGGACAACCCUGGUAUAAUCACUGGGAAGGUGAAAAGUUUGCAAAAGGCCAAGCCAGGAACUCAGCAUCCAACAGCAAUAAUGGAUCUCAGAACCCCAAUUUUGGUAACAGGGAGUUCAGCCCAGCGCUGAAUAAAGUGGACCCAAGCAUUAAGAUAAAGACUGGGAGAGCCAGAGUGGUUCAUUAAAUCUGUUGUCUCCUCAAGUUGAAGAGCACUUAACGUCUACAGAUGCAUCUCUUGGCACUUUUUGCCUCUGGCAGUCUUCUUUAAUCACCAAACAUAUUCUCUGUUCUCAAUGAAGAUUAAUCAGCUAAUGAUUAGGCUUAGGUCAGAAGUAACAAUGGCCCACAUGGACCUCUGGUGGCUACAACCAUAUGCUUCAACAUGUCUUAUGCUAUAACUGAAUGAGGGAAGGUAAAAUACACUCAGGGCCUUGUUUAUCAAAAUAUGAAUUAAAUGACUAUUUAAAUAAAAAAAUCCACCAUUGGAGCUUAUUUAUUAUUAAAAAAGCACAAUUUAAUUGGAUCGAGGACAAACACAAAAAUAUCGAUUUUUUUGGGCUUUUUCGAUUUUUGCCUACAAAGUCAGAAAUAAUAAUUCCAGCGCAGACCACAGAAACUUCCAACAAGGAUAGGGACCUCUCCCAUUCACUUAUAUACAAA